UUCAGAAAUCAAGUGGGGAAAAUGUCCACGAGACCGGAGGAACUUUGCGGCGUGAAAAAGGAGCCCCCACGUCACCGACAGUGGACUGAGUGCAAAUUAAUGCACGCUAAGGUUGUUCUUCACAGACUAGAAGAUUUAUCUAUCAGCCAAGUCCAUUAUCCUGAGUCUGCAUGCAUCAAGGACGAGGAGGAAGAGUCGUCAUCCAUUAAGGAUGAGAAGGAGUUCGUAUACAUUAAAGGUUUCAGAAGAUAUCUUGGGGCUGAGCGGCAGGAGCCAGAAUCUCCUGGCAUUAAAGAGGAUGUUGAGCUCCCCCAAAUCAAAGAGGAGGAGGAGUCAAAGCCCUGUCAACAGAAGCAACUUCCAAUCAAAAAGGAGGAGGAAGAGCGGCCAUGCGUUAAAGAGGAGGAAGAGGAGGAGCAUAUCACGAGGUCAAAUGAUGAGCCCUUGAAGAGUGAAGAUGGUCUGAGUGAGGCUGGCAGAGGGGCAGAGCCUCCAAGCGGCUGCAGCAGCAGCAGGUUAACAGAAGGAUUUCAGGCAGACAACAGAAGUGGCACCACAUCACAGUCACCUUACAAUGAUGAUGGUCAUAAGAAAUCUCACAGUGACGACAAACUCUGCAAAUGCUCUCAGUGUGGGAAAACCUUUGCGACUAAGCAAACUUGUCGUGCACAUAUGAGGAGGCACACUAGUGAAAAACCUUUUUCCUGCUCAGUUUGUGGACAAGGAUACAGUUGCAAGAGCACCUUAAAACGACACACAAGAGCCCACACUGGCGAAAAACCUUUUUCCUGCCCAGUUUGUGGAAAAAGAUUCACUCAGAACAGCGCCUUAAACGCACACACAAGAACCCACACUGGCGAAAAACCUUUUUCCUGCCCAGUUUGUGGUCAAAGAUACAGUCGCAAGAGCGACUUAAAACGACACAAAAGAACCCACACUGGCGAAAAACCUUUUUCUUGCUCAGUUUGUGGUCAAAGAUUCAGUCAAAUGAGCACCUUAAAACAACACAAAAGAACCCACACUGGCGAAAAACCAUGUUCCUGCUCAGUUUGUGGAAAAAGUUUUUUUCAGAAGGGAGAUUUAACAAAACACACAAGAACCCACACUGGCGAAAAACCUUUUUCCUGCUCAGUUUGUGGUCGAGGAUUCUCUCAAAAGCAACAUUUACAAAGCCACAUAAGAACCCACACUGGCGAAAAACCUUUUUCCUGCGCCGUUUGUGGUCAAGGAUUCAGUCAUAAUAGUUCCUUAAAAAUACACACGAGAACCCACACUGGCGAAAAACCUUUUUGCUGCUCAGUUUGUGGUCAAAGAUUUGCUCGGAAGGAUCGGAUUAAGUUACACGAGUGUGUUGGUGUGAGAAGCAGGCGCCAAUGACUGUUUUGCCUGGCUUCAUCAGAUUUUGCAUGCAGGUUAGGUCAGGGUUGGGGGUUACGUUCGUAUUCGUGGCACACUUUAUUUUUGUUGUUGCAUUUUUGUUUGGACUUCUCAAUUUUGUGUUUUACCUUUUCUGGCCAACAACGUCUUUCCCUUAGUGCUCUCGCCGACUGGCAUUAUUUAUAUCAUAAUCUCCCAUUCAAACUACACUUUUCAUAUUCAAUAUUUUAAACCGCAGACCCCAAAUUCUAAAAAUUCUAAAUCGUUCAUAAAUAUUGUCAUUAGAUAAACAUGGAAAUUUAGAAUAUAUUGUUCAAUAUUGUAAAAAUAAUUUUUAAAAAAAUACUGCCUCACAAAUUAGUUUUUUUGUGUGGGGGUUCAUCAUGUAAAUAUAAUGUUUUAACAAUUAUUAUUACUACUCGUGAUUGACAGAGUGUGAGGGCCAAAUAAAGAAAAAUGAAGAAGAAGAAAAGAGGACUAUGACACUAGAAUCGUGUUCUUACGACAAGAAUUUUUUUUUUCUUGUAGCAAGUCAAGUUUUGGUAUAUCUUUUUUUGUUAAAAAUAAAUAUCUACAGUAAUAAAUAAAACACACAAAGUCAUUUCUGUAUUUAACUUUGCUGAUUAUAUAUGUUUUGUGUUGAAAAUGAUUUUGUUUGGUUUGCUUGCUACCGGGGUCGCAUUGA